CGCCAGCCAGCGGCGGCGGCGGUGGCGUCCACGGUCGCGGCUGAUGCUAUUGUUCCCUAGUGUUAGUUGCUCUUUGGCUGCUUUUCAUCUGGAGCGAACAAUAGGAGCAGCGAGAGCUUUACGUUCUCUGCUGGUGGAGAAGGAAGGACCGUCCCCCGCGAGAGUGCUGUGGCUCCGGAGGCUGGAGCGGCUGCGGACAGCAUGGGGCUGCGAGCCGAGCGCCUGGCGUCCCCGAGCCGGGGCGUCCUGCAACUGCUGCGGCUGCCCCUGCUCCUGCUACUCCUGCUGAGCUCUGGAGCCCGCGGGGCUGCGGCGCAGGGAGACACCGAGGUGCCCACCCUCUAUCUGUGGAAGACGGGUCCCUGGGGACGGUGCAUGGGAGAUGACUGUGGACCGGGCGGCAUCCAGACUCGGGCUGUGUGGUGCGCUCAUUCGGAAGGCUGGACAACGUUACAUACGAACUGCAAGCAGGCUGUAAGACCCAGUAACCAGCAAAACUGCUUCAAAGUGUGUGACUGGCACAAAGAGUUGUACGACUGGAGGCUGGGACCCUGGAAUCAGUGUCAGCCUGUGAUUUCAAAAAGCCUGGAGAAAGCACGAGAAUGUGUAAAGGGGGAGGAAGGCAUCCAGGUGAGAGAGAUAACGUGCAUCCAGAAGGACAAGGACAUUCCCGCAGAGGACAUCAUCUGCGAGUACUUUGAACCCAAGCCCCUCCUGGAACAGGCCUGCCUCAUCCCUUGUCAGCAAGAUUGCAUCGUGUCUGAGUUCUCGUCCUGGUCUGAGUGCUCCAGGACCUGUGGCAGCGGCCUGCAGCACCGCACUAGGCACGUGGUUGCACCACCACAGUUUGGAGGCUCUGGCUGUCCCAACCUCACUGAGUUCCAGGUAUGCCAGUCCAACCCCUGUGAGGCAGAGGAGAGCCUGUAUAGCUUGCAGGUAGGGCCCUGGAGUGCAUGCUCAGUACCACACUCACGUCAAGCCAGGCAAGCCAGGCGUCGUGGCAAAAACAAGGAGAGAGAGAAGGAGAGAGGAAAAACUGUGAAGGAUCCAGAGGCCCGUGAGCUCAUCAAGAAGAAGAGAAACAGAAACAGACAAAACAGACAGGAGAACAGAUACUGGGACAUCCAGAUUGGGUAUCAGACCAGGGACGUGAUGUGCUUAAACAGGACUGGGAAGUCUGCGGACCUCAGCUUUUGCCAACAAGAGAGACUUCCCAUGACCUUCCAGUCCUGUGUGAUCACCAAAGAGUGCCAGGUGUCUGAGUGGUCGGAGUGGAGCCCAUGUUCAAAAACAUGCCACGAUGUCACAUCCCCUACAGGCACUCGAGUAAGGACAAGGACCAUCAAACAGUUUCCAAUUGGAAGUGAGAAGGAAUGUCCGGAGCUUGAGGAGAAAGAGCCCUGUUUGUCUCAAGGAGAUGGAGCUGUCCUCUGUGCUACGUAUGGAUGGAGAACUACGGAAUGGACAGAGUGCCACGUGGACCCUUUGCUUAGUCAGCAGGACAAGAGGCGUGCCAACCAGACAGCCCUCUGUGGGGGUGGUGUCCAGACCCGGGAAAUAUACUGCAUACAAACCAAUGACAUCUUGCUCUCCCAUAUAAAUACACAGAAGGACAAAGAAGCUUCAAAACCAGUGGACUCAAAAUUAUGCACUGGCCCUGUUCCUAACACCACACAGUUGUGCCACGUUCCUUGUCCAAUUGAAUGUGAGGUUUCACCUUGGUCUGCCUGGGGACCAUGUACUUAUGAAAACUGUAAUGACCAGCAAGGCAAAAAAGGAUUCAAAUUAAGGAAGCGGCGCAUUACUAAUGAGCCUACUGGAGGCUCUGGGGCAACUGGAAACUGCCCUCACUUAUUGGAAGCCAUUCCCUGUGAAGAGCCAUCCUGCUAUGACUGGAAAUCAGUGAGACUCGGAGACUGUGAACCAGAUAAUGGAAAAGCCUGUGGGCCUGGCACUCAAGUUCAAGAGGUUGUAUGCAUCAACAGUGAUGGAGAAGAAGUGGACAGACAGCUAUGCCGGGAUGCAAUCUUUCCUAUCCCUGUGGCCUGUGAUGCCCCAUGCCCGAAGGACUGUGUGCUCAGUGCAUGGUCCACGUGGUCCUCCUGUUCACACACCUGCUCUGGGAAAACCACAGAAGGAAAACAAAUCCGAGCUCGGUCCAUUCUGGCCUAUGCAGGAGAAGAAGGUGGAAUUCGCUGCCCUAACAGCAGUGCUUUGCAAGAGGUGCGCAGCUGCAAUGAGCAUCCUUGCACUGUGUACCACUGGCAAACUGGUCCCUGGGGUCAGUGUAUAGAGGACACAUCAGUGUCAUCCUUCAAUACAACCACAACAUGGAAUGGGGAGUCCUCAUGUUCUGUGGGCAUGCAGACCCGGAAAGUCAUCUGCGUGCGAGUCAACGUGGGCCAAGUGGGACCCAAGAAGUGUCCUGAAAGCCUUCGGCCUGAAACAGUGAGACCUUGCUUGCUUCCUUGUAGGAAGGAUUGUAUCAUGACCCCAUACAGUGACUGGACACCAUGUCCCUCUUCAUGCAGAGAAGGGGACUCCGGAGCCAGGAAGCAGUCUCGACAGCGCGUCAUCAUUCAGCUGCCAGCCUAUGGAGGCAGGGAAUGCUCAGACCCACUCUAUGAAGAAAAGGCCUGCGAGGCCCCUCCCACAUGUCACAGCUACAGGUGGAAAACACACAAAUGGCGCCGGUGCCAGUUAGUUCCUUGGAGCAUUCAACAGGAUGUCCCUGGAGCACAGGAAGGCUGCGGGCCUGGGCGGCAGGCAAGAGCCAUUACUUGUCGAAAGCAAGAUGGAGGGCAGGCUAGCAUCCAGGAGUGCCUCCAGUAUGCAGGCCCUGUGCCAGCCCUGACCCAGGCUUGCCAGAUCCCCUGCCAAGAUGACUGUCAAUUUACCAGCUGGUCCAAGUUUUCUUCAUGCAACGGAGACUGCGGUGCAGUUAGGACCAGAAAGCGUGCUAUUGUUGGAAAAAGUAAAAAGAAGGAAAAAUGUAAAAACUCCCAUCUGUACCCUCUGAUCGAGACCCAGUAUUGUCCCUGUGACAAAUACAACGCACAGCCAGUGGGGAACUGGUCAGACUGCAUUUUGCCGGAAGGGAAGGCUGAGGUGUUGUUGGGAGUAAAGGUACAAGGCGACAGCAAGGAAUGUGGACAAGGAUACCGUUACCAGGCGAUGGCGUGCUACGAUCAAAAUGGCAGACUUGUUGAAACAUCGCGAUGCAACAGCCAUGGUUACAUAGAAGAGGCCUGCAUCAUCCCCUGCCCCUCUGACUGCAAGCUCAGCGAAUGGUCUAACUGGUCCCGCUGCAGUAAGUCCUGUGGCAGCGGUGUGAAGGUCCGGUCCAAGUGGCUGCGGGAAAAGCCUUAUAACGGAGGAAGGCCUUGCCCCAAACUAGACCAUGUCAACCAGGCGCAGGUGUAUGAGGUCGUCCCCUGCCACAGUGACUGCAACCAGUACAUAUGGGUCACAGAGCCAUGGAGUGUCUGCAAGGUGACCUUCGUGGACAUGCGAGACAACUGUGGAGAGGGUGUGCAGACCCGAAAAGUGAGGUGCAUGCAGAAUACAGCAGAUGGCCCUUCUGAACAUGUGGAAGACUACCUGUGUGACCCAGAAGAUAUGCCCCUGGGCUCUAGAGAAUGUAAACUACCAUGCCCUGAGGACUGUGUGAUAUCCGAGUGGGGGCCAUGGACCCAGUGUUCUUUGCCUUGCAAUCCAAGUGGUUCGAGGCAAAGGUCAGCUGAUCCCAUCAGACAGCCCGCUGAUGAAGGAAGAGCGUGCCCUGAUGCUGUGGAGAAAGAGCCCUGUAACCUGAACAAAAACUGCUACCACUAUGACUAUAAUGUCACAGACUGGAGUACAUGUCAGCUAAGUGAGAAGGCGGUCUGUGGGAACGGCAUUAAAACAAGGAUGUUGGACUGUGUUCGAAGUGAUGGCAAAUCCGUUGACCUAAAGUACUGUGAAGAGCUUGGGCUGGAAAAGAACUGGCAAAUGAACACUUCCUGCACAGUGGAAUGCCCUUUGAACUGUCAGCUUUCUGACUGGUCUCCUUGGUCAGAAUGUUCGCAAACAUGUGGACUCACAGGAAAAAUGAUACGAAGACGAACCGUGACCCAGCCCUUUCAAGGUGAUGGGAGGCCCUGCCCUUCUCUGAUGGAACAAUCCAAGCCUUGCCCAGUGAAGCCAUGCUACCGGUGGCAAUAUGGCCAGUGGUCUCCAUGCCAAGUUCAGGACGCCCAGUGUGGAGAAGGAACCAGGACACGGAAUAUUUCUUGUGUCGUGAGUGAUGGCUCAGCUGAUGACUUCAGCAAAGCGGUGGACGAAGAGUUCUGUGCUAACGUCGAGCUCAUCAUAGAUGGUAAUAAACAAAUAGUUCUGGAGGAAACCUGCACCCAGCCCUGCCCAGGUGACUGUUAUUUGAAUGACUGGUCUUCAUGGAGUCUGUGUCAGCUGACCUGUGUGAAUGGUGAGGAUCUUGGCUUUGGUGGAAUACAGGUCCGAUCCAGAGCAGUGAUUAUACAAGAACUGGAGAAUCAACACCUGUGCCCAGAGCAGAUGUUAGAAACAAAAUCAUGUGAUGAUGGACAAUGCUAUGAAUACAAGUGGAUGGCAAGUGCUUGGAAGGGCUCUUCUCGAACAGUCUGGUGUCAAAGGUCAGAUGGUGUAAAUGUAACAGGAGGCUGCUUGGUGGUGAGCCAGCCUGAUGCUGACAGGUCUUGUAACCCACCCUGUAGUCAACCCCACUCAUACUGUAGUGAGAUGAAGGCAUGCCGCUGUGAAGAAGGGUACACUGAAGUCAUGUCCUCUAAUAGCACCCUUGAGCAAUGCACACUUAUCCCUGUGGUGGUGAUUCCCACUGUGGAAGAUAAAAGAGAUGUGAAAACCAGUCGGGCAGUUCACCCAACGCAACCCUCCAGUAACCCAGCAGGACGGGGCAGGACAUGGUUUCUACAGCCAUUUGGGCCAGAUGGGAGACUAAAGACCUGGGUUUAUGGUGUCGCAGCUGGGGCAUUUGUGCUGUUAGUCUUCAUUGUCUCCAUGAUUUACCUAGCGUGCAAAAAGCCAAAGAAACCCCAAAGAAGGCAGAACAACCGCCUCAAACCUUUAACCUUAGCAUAUGAUGGAGAUGCGGACAUGUAACGUUGACCAUUCCUGGACACAACCAGAAUUGGCCUUUUCCCUUUAUAGUAGGCAUCCAGAGGCCAGAGUGCCAGUAUUCAAAUUCUGAAUUAUAAUUAACCGUAACUGUUAAGAACACCAUCAUUAGGAAAAAAAGAGAAAACCCUACUCCCUCUGGGAAUAUUGAAGACAGUACCACUGGCAUGUAGAGUCAGCCCUGAGGAUUCUAAGAGAUGCAGUGGAUUGCAUGCUGUGUCCUGAGAGUUUUGUGGCACCUUUUCUGAAAUCUACCCAAUUGCAAAAACAAAAAACAAACAAACAAAUACAACCACUUUGAUCUCUAAAAUAUAGUGAGGACAUUGGCCAACUGGGAAGCCAGAUGCAAGACCGCUUACAACACUAACCCACAGAACUUUCUAGCAUGAAGAGUCCAUACUGAAGGCUUUACAGUUCUACUCUUAACCAUUACAACAUGUAUACUCGAUCGAAUGACUCACAUUAUGAUGUCAUCUUAUAUACUCGUUAAUAAGCCACAUUUAACAGUGAAGAAGAUGUAAGGUCUAUGCUAAGCGGGAAACCCAUUGAACAACUUAGCAAGUUCGUGGUCGAUGGUAGCUUUUAUUGGCCUUCAUUCUAGAGACAAACUCUUUUAUAAGACUUUACUCUUGUCUCUCUCUAAUGUGUGAAGGCUGGACAGGUACUAGUCUUAGAAGAAGGGGUCCUGGAGUUUGGUAUUUUAUAGUGGUUAUUGUCUGGGAAACAAAUAUGCCUGUGUUAAUACAUUUCUACUUUCCCUAAUUUCACACUGGUUGCCUACAUCUUUUUUGCUACAUGGAAGGCACAUUUUGCACUAUAUUAGUGCAGCAAGAUAGGCACUCAACCAGUAUUGCCAUAGAAACUGCCUCUUUUCAUAUGGGAUGAAGACAUCUGUGCCAAGAGUGCUGUGGAGACAUUUGCAAGCUUUUGCCCUCUGAAGAGAAAUAGUUCAGUCUUGAUGGUAUUGGGAUCAAAUCUGCUAUUAUACCUGCUGUCUACACUCUUCCUUCUUGCUACAGCCAUCAUGAAAUUGACAACACGGCAAUAAUUCAAGUGUUGAAGUCCCUAACCCCCCAACCUCCAAAACGUAGAACCCCUUGGUUGGGUUGCAGUUGCUCUUGGGAAGCUGUUUAUGACAAGAUUUAUAUAUUUGUUAUCUUUGUUUAAAAAAAGAAGAAGAAAAGCAAAGAAAAAUGGACUGGUUGUCUUCAUAAUUUUGAGUAGAUGGAGAAAAUAGUGUAUCAAUGAUUUUUCUAACAAAAGGAAAUCAAAAUUAUUUGUUAGCUUCCCUGUCUUCCUGAUUUGCUUUUCCAGUGUGAGGUAGGCAUUCAGUCUUACAGGCUGUAUUACAUAGUCAUGACCUUUUGUCCUUCUCAUGGUUGAACUCUGAAUUGGUGUGAUUUAUUAAAAUAUAAAAUUUAAGAAAAGAAGAGUGGAUGAUCUUGUUCAGGGCUUGCUUAAACAUCUAGAGCAACGGUCAUAAGCCUUUAAUGCAAAAGACCAAACAGGAAAUGUUUUCAGUCAGCUCUUUAGUUCAAUUCAGAACGCCGCCACUGUGCAAUGCUUCCAGGGAAGUCAGCUGGAAAAUAGUGUUUUCCGAGAGAAUUUUCUUUCCUCAAGAAGCUAGCCAGCUACAUUUACAUGUCUUAGUUUGCUGACCUGCCUUACACUCUAGCUGUGGUUUAGAGCCAGCUCUAUAUUAGCAUCUAGUCACUUACUCUGUCUAUUGAGUGUGUUUAAUUUCACAGGUGACAAUUCAUAGUCAUUAACUUAGAGUUGUUGGGAAAUCAGCUCUGGGUUCACUGAUGAAACCCGGGAAAUGCCACCGUGGAAUAUAGUUCACCUCUUUCUCUGAAAAGGAAAGCUAGUCUGUGUUGUGAAAAGGCACUUACAUACUUCUGGAAAUAACUAGUACAAUUAGCCUCUGAUAGUCUUUUAAACACAGUAAACACGUGAUUUUAUUUAUUUCAUUUUAUUAUUUUAUUUUUUAAUCUGAAACAUGUCUGUAUCGCUGGAGCUGUGGUUUUGUUGGUGAGGUAUUUGCCUUCAAAGGCUGUGUUUGAGCUCCCUCUGCUGUCCAUUAGGACAGCUUUUCCUGCCAAGAUUAAAAAUGAACUCUGAAUAAGAGGAUGUUGUAAUCUCCCAAAUGAAAAAUCUUUAUAUACAAUUCAAUAUGAACACAAUGAUUCUUACUUAUGCCAAAUGUAAUGCAGUAAGAGAUUAUGUCAUUUCAAAGAGAACAGGAUAGCCAAGGAUUUAAUUGAGGUAAAGCAUUAAAGAGGAAGGAAAAUAAUAUUGAUAUUCUGAAACUGUAAUAGUUUGCACACACACACUCAAUAUCGGUCUCCAAAUCUUCGAGUUGAGCUCUUUGAAUAAACAAACGCAGUCUGUCCAAAGAGGUUGAAUCACAAUCUCUGUGGUUAGCUGAAAAUUUUUAACAGUCUGGUGAAGUGUGGGCAACACCUAGCCAUCGUGAGAUAGGAAAUAAAAUAAGACUUUUUUAACCCAUGCUACACUUGAAGUAUUUUAUAAAAUGUGAUUAAUUAUGACAGCAAAUCAAUACUCUCCUACAUAGGUAAUCAAAUCAAUUAAGAAAUCAAACAUUGAAAAAUGUUGUGGAGAUGGAAAUGUUUAUGAAUAACUAAUAUUAAAAUACUAUUAUCAUGUUGGAGAGACAUUUGAUAUCAUCAUUAGGAUAAAUGAAUACUGUGUGGCCUAUUGUUAGAAAGGUGGAAAAGGAUUUAUUCACUUGGAUAAUUAGGGCAAAUGGGAGGUUAUCGUAUUCAUGUACAGAUCACUGUAUUGAGUUUAUAGGGAAAUAAAUACUGGAAUUUUCCCAGAACUUUACUCCCAGGAGGGAAAUGGUGGAAACCUGUUUGAUGAUCCCUUUUCUUUUCCAAAGCUGUCUGUGGGCAGGAAGAAAAGAAUGAGGCAGAAAGGGAGGGAAAGGAGGAGAGAGAUGGACGAAGGAAGAAAGGAAGGGAGAUUCUCUACUUGAUUUUAAAGAGAAUGAACAAACGCAGAUGUUUAUAAAAAUUUGGUGGAUUGUCCUAGGAAAAGUCGCAGGGCU